UUUGUACCCGUACCUGCACCUCUAACGCUGUGCCUAGGGCUGCCUUGCCUCGCCUUGCCCUGUUAGCCUGUCUUGCCUUAAGCUAGGUACCAACCCAAGGACAAUUGUGCUGUAAGUUAGCUAGGUACCUUAGCUGUAUCCAUGUCCCACGCUCCAGCUCCACACUCUUGCUGUCGACAAUAAGUAUCAACAACCUUCCACCUCAUCUUUCCCGGCUUCUUUCUUGCCCAUGACUUUUUAAUGCCCUUUACAUUUGUUUACCUUCGGCCUCAAGUCUCCGUUAUCUCAAUUAACUACUCGGUGAUCAUCUGGACUCGAACUUUUCGGUCCACAAGUCUCAAAAAGAGGAUCACGAGAGAACAAAAACCCCUCCUACAAUCUUCAGACUCAACACAGUUGACCCCUUCAUCUUCCAACUGCCUCCCAUCUCCUUCUUUCUUGAGCCAACUUGGCCGUAUUCUCGAUACAUAAACAGAAAUUGGAAUGCAUCCCGGAGGUCUUCUCUCCAGUUGCAUCUUAUAUAUACACAACCUACGCCCAGCACAACAUCUUCAGGUCCUGACACCGACGUUUCACCUUGGCUGAAUUUGCGAUUCGCGUAAAUUUAUCUUCUCAGCCUCUUAUUCGACACUCCAUAACGUUCUUGGCAGUUUCCUAGACGGCUUCUGGUCUCUCUAUUACGCGUGCUUCGGCCUCUGAACUCGUUCAUAGCUCGACAUUCUAUCCUCUUCUCUUUCCAAGCCUUCUGCUCCCCUAGGACUCUCAGUCAACUCAAAUAUCGGCUUAAACGCCAUUAGAUGAAGCUUUCUCUGCUUUGAUGCUGCUAUAAACACAACUACAAUGUUGUGUCUUUCUAACCUUAUCGCCGUUGAGAAUCCUUGGAAGGUGUUAGUGUGUAUGCCUAGGCGAUCCUCGAGUUUGGUUGAAACAACCCAUUGAGUCCCAAGGUGCCCGAGCAUGUUGGGCUUGUCCUGAUAACUCAAAUACCGCAAUCCCCUUGAAAAUAUUAGGUUCUCAUCAUGUCGGACCCGCAUUGCUUCUCACGUUCAUUCCUGCGUCAAUAUUCGCUUUAAUUUUUUCUUUAUACUUCACCUGGUGGAUCUUGUCUUCUUCACUUUCGUGCGUCUGCUAACUCUCGCAGCGAUAUUCUCCACUAGAACUAGAAACUUGGCUCAUUCUGGAUUCAAAAACGCAACACGAAUUAUCUGUGUCAUCUCCCACCGACAAAUCACGUCUUGCUGCAGCCUCGCCUCGUGGCCCUCGUGUAAGGCCCUGCGCUUCAUUGGGACAUUGCAGCUUCGACGGUGUUCAUCAAUGGUUGUAAUGCCUCCUCAAAACAGGUAUGCUGAAGAGUUCUUUGUGGAGCAGCCAAUCUUACAUGUGCAAUGCAGCGUGAACGAGUCGGAAGGGCGAUACCUUCAAGAUGGAUUCUGGCAACAUGGCCGAUUUUAUGGUUCUUGGAAACCUGGCAAAUACUUAUUUCCAAUUGACUCGGAAGAGUUGAAUCGUUUGGAUAUAUUUCAUAAAGUUUUCCUUCUGGCACGAGACAAUAAGCCAUUUCUAGCCCCCAUCAGACGCACCUCGCCCCGAAUCAUGGAUAUUGGUACGGGCACAGGUAUUUGGGCAAUCAAUGUGGCUGAAGAAUGUCUCUCAGAUGCCCAGAUCAUGGCAGUGGACCUGAAUCAGAUUCAACCAGCAUUGAUUCCUCCUGGCUUUAUGCCAAAACAAUAUGACAUUGAAGAGCCGUCUUGGGGGCCUCUGCUGGCGGACUGCGAUUUGAUUCAUAUGCGAAUGUUACUUGGCAGUAUUCAAACGGACUUGUGGCCUCAAGUCUACCACAAUGCCUUUGAGCACUUGGCUCCAGGCAUCGGCUUCCUGGAGCACAUUGAGGUUGACUGGAUACCACGAUGUGACGAUGAUGAACGCCCAGCAAAUUCCGCAUUCGUGAAGUGGGCAGAGCUUUUUCUCGAUGGCAUGGAUCGAUUCAACCGCAGGGUCAGAGUCACGCCGCAAGAACAUCGGCAAAUGCUUGAAGCUACAGGUUUCACAGAUAUCAGGCAGGAGGUGAUCAAGGCUUAUGUUUGCCCCUGGUCUGCUGAUCGAAACGAACGUGAAAUCGCCCGAUGGUUCAAUAUCGGGCUGUCUCAUAGUCUGGAGGCCAUGAGUUUAAAACCCCUGAUCGAGAAACUCGGAUUUGAGGCCGAGGAAGUUCGUGAGCUAUGUGAGAGAGCGAAGCGCGAAACAUGUGUUUUGCGCUACCACACUUAUUGCAACAUUCAUGUCUGGACGGCUAGGAAGCCCGGACCUCAACAGUAAUGCCAAAUUCUCAAUCAAGCGGGGGGUAUUCAUCGCACAACGCAAGGAACACGAACAGCCUUGGCAAUAUUGAUACGCAUUAUUCGAAGCACACUAUUCUGAGGAGCGUGGUGAAGCCAUCAGUCCGUCGAUUUGGGGAAUGACAUGGUUUCAAAUCCAAAUCGGCCUGGUGAAUUGGCAGGGUUUCAAGCGCUGGCGCCAGCGCUUUUGCGCGCAACUGCAUCCUGACGAUCCAUAAAUGGUACCACGAUUUUCGAAUGCUGCAGUACUUCUCGCUUCCCAUAUCCAGGGGUCCCUUGAAUUUGAAGAGACGCCUUGCCUCAAUGGCAGCAUUGUACCGACGGUCACCAACAGGCAAGGAUUCUCAAUUGUAUCACCAACAGCGGGCGGGGCCUUGAUCACAUCAACCAGUCCACCAUCCUGAACAAGGCUGUCGAUCUUCUCAAAUUAUCUGACCGCUAGAUACUGGUCACCUGGCCACAAUCAUCUGCCAAGGGCCAUAUUAUUUGCGUUCGCGUUCGCUGGCAAGGGCUCUGCUACCUGUUGCGACAGAAGCGCUGGGAGGAACAACGCCGUUUUUGCCAAGGGCCAAUAUCGGACUCCGUAACAUCCUAGGUCCGCGCGUGUCGGGACGGGCCUUCAACAUCGGCCAGGGUCCGGACCAUACGGAACAUUCAACCGCAUCUCCCUGCGUUCCGUGUAUGUAUUCCAUAUGUUAUUUUCGCGCGCGGCUGUACUCCCACGUCUGUUCUUGUGGUCCACCAUUCUGUCGUUUAUUAGACGCCUGGUUGACUUCUUCUGUGUGGACGAGGUAACAUUGGAAUAAAGAGUUUAUACACUACAAAUCUGUCCCUAUUUCCAGAAGCAGAAGGUGGUGGACAAGCCUGUGGUUCAUCAAGCUAUGACCAAGAGGUUGAUACAGCAGAUGAGGAUUGAGCACGUCCUUCGCAAGACUUGCCCCAGUGAGCUAGUUUACUCAGUUAGGGCAUCGUGGGAUAUCAGCUCGCUCCGGAGGCUGAGGAAAUUUACAUUUGCGGGUAUCAUCUGGCAAAACGAUCUGGGAGCUUCACAUAGCUCACUUUUAUUAACCCAAAAUCUCAUAAAGAAAUGCGAAUACGUCAAAGUGUAUCGUGCUACACAUUUGCCAUUCUAUAGAUGUUUGCCCUACAUCCAUACAUUCAUGUAUAUCAAGUACGUCUAAUGGACUUGAAAGUUGUGAGCCUG